AUGUGGACAUGUUCUCUUCUCCGUGUUUCGACUUCAAUAAAACUACUCGUCUUCGGCUGUAGCGAUAUCCACAACACUAUGCAUGUUGCAGCGGUGCAGGCUGUUCACAAACUGCUCACGCAGCGCCAGGCUGCAUUGAACAUGUACGGAUUGAGCAUUAAGCAGAUCAUGACACUGAUAAAUGAAUGCCUGAACUGCUCUAAUUUCCGAUGGUCGGGACAGCACUACCGAGAACUUAGAGGCCUAGCUAUGGGACAAAGGCUGGCACCCACUCUCGCCAUUGUUUCCAUGUCCAAGAUCAAAGAGCCUGUAUAG